AUGGCACACAACAGGACGGAUUCCAAGGAAUCCAAUUCGUCACCUUCCACCCUCGAUAGCCCCAGUACUACGGCCUCUGAGUUGCAAAUCUUCACCGAUCUCAGUGCGGACGUCGACAGGUCGACCCUCUCUGAUGCCGAUGUGAUUGCUCAGACCAAGAAAGCGAAGGAUAUCAUCAAGAAACUCGAAGAGAACGACACAGCCAACAUUUUCAAGCCCUCGGCAACUGCAACAUCGUUGCGACUUCAUCGAGUUCUACAGGCAAUGCUCACCUGUGCCGAGGACAUCAAGAUGCCACCCCAGAGUUCUGCUGCUUCCCGCUCCGAUGGCAAAGCCGAUUUUCCGCAACAUCGAGGGCUGGUAUACGUGAUUAAAGCAAUUCUUACUUGUUCCGAACGGGCUGAAGAGGGUGAUCGCGGCGGUCCCUUGCGACGUGAAGAACUGGUUAAGAACCUCCGAGCUCUCGCAGUCACUUGGGUCACCCACUUCCUCUUCCCAUUUAAAGCCAGUCCGAGAACCUACGCACAACAAGCAUCUGAAAUUUUUUCUGAUAUCGCCACCCCAACGUAUGAAAGGACGGCGGAUGAUAUGCCGACUAGAUCCAUUGGACGUAGGACUUUAGACACGGAUACCGUGCUCCGUCGUGACGGUUAUACGUGUGUGAUCACGGGUAUAGUAGACAAUCGUCGUCCUGUGGAUCCAGGUGUUGCUAAAUUGGAGGUAGCUCAUGUGUUGCGGAGAGCUGUAGGUGGGCAAAGUCACCGUGAGACGGAUCCUAGUUUCAGACUGGCCGCUGCUACGUUCGAUAUACUACGAAACUAUACUCGCCUUCCCGAUGACUACCUCCGGAACCUGGAGGAUCACAUUGAUCAUCCUUCAAAUGCAAUCACCCUUGAACCCAAUACACAUACCCUCUUUGAUCAAUACCAGAUAUGUCUGCUCCCAACAGCUACUGAACACACAUACGCACUCGACUGGUUUGACAAGUCACGGGUCGCCGAUUUUCUUUCUGGUCUCUGCAAAUUGGGAGGCCGCAACUUGGCAGAUCCAGUUGUUUUCAGGAACCAUGCUCCCGCCUACCAUAUGCCCGACCCGAUUUUCAUCAGGAUUCACGCCACUGUGGCAGGUGUUCUCGAUAUGUCUGGUGCAGCCGAAUUCAUUGACGACUUAAUUGACAAGCACCCGCCAUCUGGGAGCAGUAAACCUGCUAGCAGCUGGAGUGACAUGGAGGACUUGAUAUCGCUCCAUGAAGUUGUUACUGAGCUCCAAAGGGCCAAGAACACGUUCAAACCCUCCUUGCACCGCACGCCGAAGAAGAAUAACAUCCCAGCAACAUCCUUCCUCUCCUCUCGGUACUCCUCCGUGCCAUUCAUUCGGGAUGACAUUCCGUCCGCUUCCGUCCUCUAUCCCAAAGCCUCCGCGUUCCUCCUCCUCCAUCGUUACUGUCCCUCCCUCGUCCUCCGCUUCCAACUCUGUAUGCCUACCCCGCGUGCACCUGAACGUCAACAUGACCCCUCGUCGUCGCAGCCAACCCGCCGCCACGAAAGGUCCUCAUUCCGCUUCCAGGCCCAUGGCAUCGCAUAG